AACAAUACAACAAAGUAAAUAAUCAGUUGGUUUUUAAAAUAUCAAAAUAUUAUUUGUAAAUUUAUGUAAACACUGAAUGAGCAAGUCGCUUGAGUUUGUGUUUUUCACAGUUAACAAAACUACCGAAAACAUGCUUGAUUAUUUUUAAUUUUUUUCUACAAAAGUCUCAAGUUAUUUUUGUGAUAAAUUAAUUUUAAAUUUAUGGUGAUUAAAAGUAAAUAUAAUUUAUCUUUUGCAAGUGAAUAAAAUUUAUUAAAAAUGUCUGAUGAAAAUGUUCAAGUUGUUGUUAAAAUGAGACCAUUAAUACAACGUGAAAUAAAAAAAUGUUUGCCAAUACAAUGGGCUGUUGAUGGAAACACUAUUUAUCAAAAAGAUGGAAAAAUAAAUUAUCAAUUUGAUAAUAUAUUUAAUAUUGAUUCGAAAAAUCAAGAUAUAUUUAUAUCAACUGUUCAACCAAUAAUAAAUGAAUUUUUAUCUGGUAUUAAUUGUACAAUUUUGACAUAUGGUCAAACAAGUUCAGGAAAAACACAUACAAUGAUUGGAUCAAAAACAGAUACUGGAUUAAUUCCUCUCAUCAUUAGUCACAUAUUUAAUUUUAUUGAAAAUGAUUUAAGUCGUGAUUAUCAACUUCAAUUUUCUUACUUUGAAUUGUACAAUGAGAAAGUAAUAGACUUAUUUGAUAACAACAAAAACAACAAACAUUUAAAAAUAAAAGAAGAUAAAAAUGGCAAUGUGUUGAUAGACUGUAAACAGCUUGUUUUAAAAACAACCAAAGAAGUAUUACAAAAAUUAAAAAAAGUAAAUAAUAAUCGUCAUGUUGGUGAGACAAACAUGAAUGAAAAAAGUAAUCGAAGUCAUGUGUUGUUGAGAAUAACAAUUGAGUCAUGUGAAAUUGGUGAUGAUUCAGAUGGUACAAUAAAAACAUCACAAUUGACAUUGGUUGAUCUUGCUGGAUCAGAAAAUGCUAAACAAGCUGGUGGAACAAAUGAAAGAAGAAAUGAAGGUAGAUUUAUAAAUCGUUCACUUUCAUCAUUGUGCUCAGUUAUUAAUCAGCUUAGUGAUAAAAAUAAAAAAAAAACCAAUGAUAAAAUACCAUUUAUUAAUUAUCGUGAUAGUAAAUUAACUAGAUUGCUACAACCAUCAUUAGGUGGUAAUUCAAAAACAAUGGUUAUUUGUACUGUAACACCAGCAGCAUUGGAGGAAACACAAUCAACUCUUACAUUUGCUCGUCGAGCUAAAGUAAUUAAAAAUCAACCAAGAAUAAAUCAAGAAGUAACUGAUAAAGUUAUAAUUAAAAAAUUAGUCAAACAAAUGUCUGAACUUCAAGAAAAAAUUGAACAAUUAAAAACACAAGAUGUAGAUAAAAAAUUAAUCAAUAAAUUUCCAUUGAAAAGAAGAAAUAGUUUGAUUGGUAAUGAAAGUGUUAAAGAGCUGGAACAACAUUUUAUUUCUAAAAAUAAAGAAAUUUUGUCAUCAUUAAAAGUUAAAAAUAAUAAAUGUACAAGUAAAUUAAAUUAUCCACUUCGACGUAGUACAUCAAUGAAUAUAUCAUCAUCAUUUAAACUUGAAAUUUCGAAUUUCGAAAAAGAACUUGAUGAAGCUGAAAAAGAA